AUAUAAACAUGUUAAAUAGUAAAAGUGAUUUUAACUUAUUUGAAGCGGAUCCAUUUUCUUGGUGGUUACCAUAUAUUGUUGCUGCAUUUGUUGGGAUUAUAACAAUCAUACGUGAAUAUAUAGGCGGAUGUGAAUGUCCAAGCCGACGAGAAAUUUGCAAUAAAGUGGUUUUAAUAACAGGAGGUUCAGGUGGAAUUGCUUAUGAAACUGCACUAGAAUUAGCAAAAAGAGGAGGAAUUGUUAUCUUGGCAUGUAAGAAUAUCGAAAAAGGUCAAAGUACUCGCGAUAAAAUCUUAAAAGUAUUACCAACUGCCAUAAUAUUUGUAAAAAAAUUGGAUGUAUCAUGUAUGGCCUCAAUAAAAAAUUUCAUUGAAAAUGAAUUCAGAUAUCGAAGAGUUGAUGUACUCAUCAAUAAUGCGGGAAUCUCCGAGCAUCCAUUUCAAUUGACUGAAGAAGGUCAUGAAAUUCAUUUAGCCACAAACUAUUUAGGGCAUUUUUAUUUGACACAUUUAUUAAUUCCACGUUUAACUGCAGCUGGUAAUGCCCGUGUAAUUAACGUUAUCGAUAAAGUAUACAAAAAUGUUGAAUUACAUUUGAAAGAUUUGAAUAUAACGACUAAUUGGAGUUGCCAGGAAGCGUAUGCGCACAGUAAACUUUGUUUAGUUUUAAUGACUAAACAAAUAGCAAAGUUAUUACAGGGAUAUAAAAUCACCAUAAAUGCUGUAACACCCGGUUCCGUACGGAAUACCGGAUUUUUAAGAAAUUCACCGAUGUGCAAAAAUACAUUGUUAAAAAUUUGGUUUUAUCCAUGUUUAUGGCUAUUUUAUAGAAAUCCAAAACAAGGCGCACAAUCUAUUAUUUUUUCGGUAGUGGAUGCUAACUUAGAAAAAGUUUCUGGUGUACUUAUUAGUAAUUGUGAAAUCGAAAAAAAUUCUAAAAAACCUCAAGAAGAUAAACUUAGCGAAGAACUAUACUUAAAAACAUGCGAACUGUUAGAUAUUUCUCCGAUCAAUCCAAAAAAACAUUAA